AUGGAGACGGCGCGCUGCGCCUGCAGGAGGGGCCAGAUCGCAGGGACGCGCCGCGCCCGCCCGGCCUGCGUGGACGGUAAGGGGGCGGGGCCUAAGGGGGCGGGGCCUAGGGGGAGGGGCCUAAAGGGGAGGGGCCUAACGGGGCGGGGCCUAAGGGCUGCUGCCAAGCCUGAAACAUGCAGCCGGCUGGCGGCGGGCAGCUGUGAGAUCGUGACUCUGGACCGCGACAGCAGCGAGCCGCGGCGGACCGUCGCCCGCCAGACGGCGCGCUGCGCCUGCAGGAGGGGCCAGAUCGCAGGGACGCGCCGCGCCCGCCCGGCCUGCGUGGACGGUAAGGGGGCGGGGCCUAAGGGGGAGGGGCCUAAAGGGGAGGGGCAUAGAGGGGAGGGGCGUAAGGGCUGCUGCCAAGAUUUGCCUGUUAAGUGUGUAAACAUCCAUCCAUCCAUCAGCUGA